AUGGCUAGAGAUAUAUUUGGUAUUGAUGAAUUCUUUUCGAACCCGGUCUCUGUGCAAUUUCUUCAUCGAAAUUUGGCUUAUUUGACUCUCAUCGUAGUUUCACUUACUUGGUUUAAGGGACGCAAUAUGAAGUUGUCAAAUCGUGCUAAAUUUGCAUUGCACACUCUCUUGGCUGCGUGUUUCACGCAAGCUGCGCUUGGAAUUGGAACUCUAAUGGCUCAGGCAUCGGGAAUUAAUGAUGAUAAAAAGAGUGAAAAAUCAAUGCGUUCAUUCAGAAAGGGCCAUCGACGAGCGCAGUCAAUGCCGUCGCAAUAUAACGGAAAACAAUCACAGCGAUACACUCGAAACCAAGAAAACGAUAAAACGCAAGUGUCAGAUAAAAAUGGAGACAAAACGCAUAGACAUGUCCAAGUGCCCGCGUCUAAUCAGAGAAGUGGCUGCCAAAAUCCUCCGGAUUUUGAUGCUAUUGAAGUUAUGGAAGACGACAAAGAUUUUGAGGUUCCGAUUAAUGAAGAAGAAAUGAUGCAAUUCGAGGGAAUUGAGCACUCUGAAGGAGAAGAGGGUAACACUAAUGUGCACAAAAGACACAAAAGAUUUUGGCAAGUGAAUUGGAAAGGAGUACACUUCACCGGGCUUCCGGCUUGGUUACAAGGCUGUGUUGCUUUCACUGGUGCGUUUGUUUGGCUUUUGAGUAGGCCAGCGAACGUUAUGGCCUGGCCAGAUAAGCUCAUUUUUUCUGCAUUUUUUGUCGGUGCAAUCUUAUGUAUGGGCCUUUCCUUUUCAUUUCACACUCUUCAAUGUCACUCUGAAAACGUUGGGAGACUUUUUAGCAAGCUUGAUUAUUCUGGUAUAUCUUUACUGAUUAUAGGUUCAUUCGUACCAUGGAUCUAUUACGCUUUCUAUUGUCGAGCAUUCGCUAUGUCUUUCUACAUUGGUAUGAUUGUUGUAUUGGGGAUAGCUGCAGUCGUUGUUUCUCUUUGGGACAAAUUUGCACAACCAAAAUUUAGACCACUUCGUGGAGGCGUUUUCUUAGCCAUGGGACUAAGCAGCAUUGUACCAGCGUUGCAUUUGGCAUUAACGGACGGUUUUAAGUGGAUGUUUGAUUAUGCUUCCUUUCACUGGCUUUUGUUAAUGGGUUUUCUGUAUAUAACUGGUGCCGCAGUUUACAUGUGUCAUUCUCACCAGCUCUUUCAUAUCUUUGUGAUAUUGGCUGCUGCUGUUCACUAUCAUGGUAUUUUGGAGAUAGCAAUGAAAAGGCUUGAGGGUGGCUCUUGCUCUGAACAGUUAAUUGAACAAAGCGGGACGGACAAGGCGGAUAUUCAAUGGAUAGACGAACAGCUACGACCAUACUAG